UUUACGGUAUAUUUUUAAAAUGAGACGGUAUCUUUCUGUAUAUUUCUGCGGGUCCGACAGUCACAUCACGACAGUCAAACCGCCAAUUUUUCGGCAUUAUUCUGGAAUUUUGUUUCAUAAACAAUACAGCAUGAAUUACCCCAGGAACACAUGCUCACCGAUUGUGCAAAAGAGCUUAGAUCUGCGACUCCACGGCGCCCAGGCCAAAAGAUACCUUAAAUGGUGCUCAUUCAACGUGGUCAUCCUGUCACUGCUCCUGUUCGACUUGUCUCAGACGUGCACGUCCUUGCGGCAGGGUUACUUCUUCAUGGCAGAGUGCUCCGUAGCCACUUUGACAGCCCUGAGCGCGGUGGCCUGCUUGGGCAAGUAUUUGUGGUUAUGGCUUAGAGGCGGCCAGGUGAUUGGGACAAAUGUGCAAAAGUGUCUAUUGGAUGGCUAUGAUGACAACUCUUUCAAAACCAUCAUCACACAGAAGGUGAAAAAGCCGCGUUGCUAUGAAGUAGACACCGAUUUUGAAGAUGACACGCCCAUUAUCAAUUGGCAUUCAUCGUUCGAGGACUCCUGCUGGGGUUCUCAAUCGCUGCGUCGCAGUCCGAGCAUCACAAGAACUCCCCAACAGCAUCAGCAUAUGCAGAAUGCUUCGUACAGCACCUCGCCGAUGAUGCAGAAUAGUUCCCUGAACGUCAGCAACUUCAGCGAUGACUCUCCCUAUGCAGAGGUGCGGCACGAUGACUUCCUCACAGAUGCCCGCCAGCUGCCUGCAUUGAUGAAGAAUGCCCGACGUCAACGGAGCAUCUUGGAGAAUUCAGAUGGGCCAAACGUUCAGCACACGAGCUCGGCUAAUUCGUUCUGGAACUGUUGCAAUCAACAGUUGAACAGGUUGAAAACAAUUUAUCAACUGGCGCCGCCGCCACCGGUCUCCACCGAAAACGCGCCCACGUCCAUUGAGGAGUUCAGCUCGUUCCAGUUUAAGGACAGUAACUCUGAAGUCAUCAAUCGCAUCUCCACGGACAAAUUGUCGCAGUAUGUGGCAAACCUCAGAAAUUGGAUCUCCACCACCAUACUGCAACGCCUGGUGAAGGAGAUCAACCAUGUGGACGAAAUGUUUCGGCAGCGUGGCCUCCACGACUUGAAAAUAGGAGCCGUGAGCUUGGAGCGUCUGCGAAAAACAGCCGAUAACCAACAAUUUGUACAGACAUGUGCCCCCAUUCUGCCCAUGCUGCUGCCCUUUCUCGAUACCUUCAGCAAUCAAGAAUAUUUGGUUCAACGCAUCAAGGAGCUUUCGCAGGGCUCCUGCCUAGCCGAUUUUCGCUGGAACUCUGGCAAUGCGCACAACGGCCAGGAUUGGGGCGAGCACUUGCCCACAGAUGCAGCUAUUAUAUUCCAUCUGUUCUGCGUGUAUCUGGACAGCCAACUGAUGCCGAUGCCCCAGGGAGGGGGGCGGCCCUUCCACUGCCGCUAUGUACUGAUGCGCGACGAAAAACGCUCCACCAAAGACAUUGUGAAUGCCGUGCACAACAAGGCGCACUGCGCCAUCCUCUGCAGCGGCAGCCCGCUCAAUCCCAAGUUCAAUUUUAUCAGCGACAAGGAACUGCACAACUGCGUAUACGACAGAAACAACUUGUUCUACGUCAUCAUUCAGUUUCUCAUCUACAUGCGUCAGCAACAGGAUUCGGCGCUCGAGGGAGUCAAUCUGGGGAAGAGUGGCAUCAACAUCAUGUGCGUUAUUGAAAACUGAGUCCGACUCUUCCAAAAAGACUGAGACUGACUGUUAUU